GUCGAGGCCGGCUGCGUAACUUGUGAUUGGUGGAUUCUUCAGGGCGAUAUAAAUGGCAGCGUUUAUUGUUCGCCGUCGCUCAUUCAGUGGCAGACAACUUUGUCUCCCGACUCCGGCUGAAAGUAUCUUCAAAUAUUUCCAAGUUAACAUCCAGCCGGUGCCAAAGGAGUGACUGACCCACCACAGCAGGUCUGGUCAUUCAGAACUGUUUGAAGAUGGGGGAUCCAGACACUCCUGUGUUUGGGUCCUUGAAGGAAGAACUGGACUAUUGGAAGGAGCGGGCUGCCAGGAACCAAGACAGUGCGGAGGAGGCCCGGGAGGAGCUGCAGGAGUUCCAGCAGAUGAGUCGCGACUACGAAGCCGAGCUGGAAGCCGAGCUCAAACUGUACGAGAAGCAAAACCGGGAGCUCCUCUCCGCCAACGAGCGCCUGCGCGCGGACGUGGAGAGCUACAAGGAGAAGUACGAGAUGCGGCACUCUGAGGCCUGCCAUCAGAUCUCGGUCCUGGAGGGCGAGCUGGCCAACGCCACGUCGGUCCGAGACCAGCUCCACAAUUACGUCAGGGAACUGGAGCAGGCCAACGACGACCUGGAGAGGGCCAAGAGGGCGACGGUCAUGUCGCUAGACGACUUUGAGCUGAGGACCAACCAGGUCAUCGAGAGGAACGCCUUUCUGGAGAGCGAGCUGGACGAGAAGGAGAAUCUUCUGGAGUCAGUCCAGAGGCUGAAGGAUGAGGCUCGAGACUUGAAGCAGGAGCUGUCGGUGCAGCAAAGACAAAUGUUCGACAAGCCUAAAGCCUCCAUCAAUGGUGUGCCCAAAGAGCCUUCACCAUCACCAUCAUUAUCAUCAUCAUCCUCGCCGUCACCAUCAUCGUCCAUCACGGCAGCUUACCCUACUCCGCCCCUCACCCCUCUGGCCACGCCUGAGCGGACAACCCUCCGGAGAGGUGAAAGUCUACCAGGUGGUUCUCUGAGCACGUCGUCCAGGAUCUCCGCACUCAACAUCGUCAACGAGCUGCUCAGGAAAGUUGGGAACCUGGAGUCCAAGCUGGCGUUGUGCAGAGACCACGUCCGCGAUCAGCCGCUCGGUCGGAGAAUCCAGGCUCCCAAAGCGGGCCCCACCUAGACUCCGUGCCCACCGACCAGGAGGUCGGUAUCCAACUUGACCAUGUCCUCGCCGGUUCUGUUUUUUGGACUUGCUGCUGUGUGAUUUGUCCUCCCUUGUUGUGCGACACACAAACGUUCUUACAACUAGUCAGCGCUUGCACUUCCAGCUGACUAAGCGCUGGUUACGUAACCUCUGACCAGCGGGGGACACGCCCACUUUCCUUAUUGUCCAACACUGUUCUGGAAAAGUGACAUUUUAACGACUUUCACUUUUGAGAAGAAAUGCACUUUUUUCCCCACUGAUGUCCAAAACCUUGUGGCCACUUUUGAUACUACGUGAAAAACUGCCUUCCCUAAUGUUGUUGUUUUUUUAAUAAUAAAAUGUAAUAAAUGCCGAGCUUCUUUUUAA